UUUAUCUUUUUUCGUUAAACUUUCGAUAAUUUAAGAUUAUAAUAUUAUGGACAGUCCGGGUUUCAUUUCUUCGGCGCUUUCCUUUUUUUAAUGACGAAGGGAAAUCUUUAAAAGGCGCCUAGUAGUUUGGGAAAACGAAGUGCUAGCCGCCUUCAACCGCUAUAAGGGGCACUAGGUCCUCUAAUUUCUCCGGAGCCACAGUACAUCACUUGUUACGGCAUAUCCUUAGAGAGACAUGAGUCUCCUUUGAGCCUGGCUGUGCACGGCGGCUGAUUAUGAUAGCAAUAUGAGGAAAACAUUAAGUCUUAAGAAGGCAGGUCCUUCAAAAAAUCAAAAAUCUAUUACGGACUUCCUUAAAAGUGCUAAUAAUGGUACCAGCCAGAGUCAGAAGCCGCUUGCAGCUGAUAAAAUAAAUUCCGUACAAGAAAAGGCUACUGAUAAUAAACCCACCAAGAGGAAGGCAUCGUCUCCGAUUAUAGAAGAUAAUGAGUUGGAAGAAUUUGAAGUAAAACCAAAUGUGAAUAAUGGAAGUUCCAAAAGUACACCAAAAAAAAUUAAAACUGAAAAUAAAAUUGUGUCACCAUUCUUUAAAAAUAGUCCUAAGAAGAGAUCACCUAAUAAAGAAAACAUUUUUACGAAGAAAAUAUCUCCUAAGAAGAAUCUCUUAAAAGAUUUUGAUGGAUCCAGUAAGAAUAGUCAAGAGUCUGAUAAAUCAUCACCCAAACUGGGUAAAAUUUGUACCACCCCACCGAAUGCCAAGAAUAAUGUAGAAAAUCAUGUACCUGAUAAAGUUAAUCAUAGUGUUAAAGAUGAAUCAUGUAUAUUUGAAAAUGGAAAUAAAGUAGACCAUAAAACAAGGGUUGUUACCCCGAACAAAUUGUCACCAACUACCAGUAAUGGUCAUGUACCCAGCCCUAAGUUAAGAAGGAGUAAAACACCCAAGAAAAGUCCUCUGCAAGAGUUCUUUUGCUCCCCAAUAAACAUACUGGCAACUCCAGAGAAGACUCUCACGGAGAUAUUAUCUCCUUCCAAAAGUGGUUCCACUGUCAAAGUGCUGGAUUUUGGCACAGAGGAGCUCUGUGAUGACUUUGGAGAUGAAUGGGACCUUAAUGAUGUGGAGGAGGAUGUCAUAGAAAACCUAGAUCUAAGUACAAUGCAGCGCUGUGAGAUACUGAGUGCUAAGAGUAUCACUAAUAGAAUAGAACUGAGACUGAAGAGUGUUGAUGACAAGAGAGCUACAUGUUUUGUGGAAGGACACUGGAUAGACACCCCAUUAGUUCCCGGCGAUAUAGUCAGUGUACUAGCCGCGCGGGAUUCCUCAGGGCACUACACUGUGACCAACACAUCAGGUCUGCUCGUAUUACGCCCAGACCACUUGAUGUCCAGCACUAGUGUUGUUGCCGGAGUCUUCUGCAAACGGAAAGCUGUACUGCAGGAACGAUGGAGAGGAAUCGAUUCAGCUAAUAUGGCUAUGACAACAGGAAUAUUAAUACACGAACUGGUGCAGAAAGCUCUGACUGAAAAGAUUACGGCGACAGAUCGCCUUCGUUCAGUGACGGACGACAUUAUAAAGGAGUCGGUUGAGCGGCUGUUCGAUGCCGGACUGAGUGAGGAGGAGGCGAGGAAUGCCGUGUACAAGUACAUUCCGCCGCUAGCUGACUUCAUGAACACUUAUGUAGCUGAUAAACCACCCACUGUUGCGAAUGUGAAAACAGAUAAAAACAAUUGGUCAGGACACAUUGAUAAGAUAUUGGACAUUGAAGAGAACCUGUGCUGCCCCAAACUGGGACUUAAAGGGAAAAUCGACGCCACUGUACAAGUCACCAUACAUGAGAGAAAUGGUCGUAAGAAGGCAGUGGUUCCCCUGGAGCUGAAGAGUGGCAAGGCGUCCAUGUCGGCGGAGCACCGCGGCCAGUUGGUGCUGUACGGCAUGAUGCUCAACCUGCAGGCCAGUGAGGACCCCACGCAGGCCGCGCAGCGAGGCCUACUGCUCUACCUCAAGGACCGCGUUGACAUUCGUGAAGUAAGCUGUGGGUACCCGGAGCGUCGAGAUCUGAUCAUGUUGCGCAACCAACUCGUACAAUACGUCACAGCAUCGCCUCAGGACAUCGAUCCAGAGAAUCUAGUGGACAUAGAGGAAGCGGCUAUCAUGCUGCAUCAGAAGCUCCCGGAGCCAGUAGACCACCACAGCGCCUGCGCCAAGUGUCCCUACCUCACACUCUGCUCAUUGCAUCUAUGGCACACAGACGGCCCCACCGUGUCAGAGUCCCAUCCCCUGUCGAAUUUGCAAGCCGAGGCACUGGGCCACCUCUCCCCGAAGCACAUUCAGUACUUCCUACAUUGGACGGCGCUACUGCGGAUGGAGGAGAGAGGACAGAUGGUGACGUCACCUCUACACGCGCUCUGGACUGAUAGUGUUGAAAAGAGAGAGAAGCGUGGUACCUGUGCCGCGAAUCUGAGGCUAGUCACAGUCACGCAUCUAGAAGAUAGAUAUCUACAUGUGUUUCAACGAAAUAAUGGCAGUAAUGGUGAUGUAGAUGUAAAGGUACCAAAAGGUCCACAAGAGGGAGAGUUUUCAAUAGUGAGCAUUGAGAACCGACCGUGGAUCGCGGCUGGAGUUGUUACUGUCGCUAAUGCCAAAGAAAUACAGAUAUAUUUGGAAAGAGACCUAAGUAGCCGUUUGUCCAAACAAACACUAUACCACAUUGACACAUACGAGUCUUACGCGACUACAGUACAGAAUCUCACCAAUCUGGGCGUCCUACUCGAAGACAGCGAUCGAGCUGACCGACUCCGAAGGUUAAUAAUAGAUAAAGAGCUUCCUGAAUUCGAAGUUAAGUUGCCUCGCGACGUGGGUCGGCUGGGCGCGCGACUGAUGAAGUCUCUGAACGUGCAACAACAGCGCGCCGUGCUCAAGGCUAUCGCUGCCAAGGACUAUGCGCUGAUGAAGGGGCUGCCUGGCACUGGCAAGACGCAGACAAUAAGUGUACUGAUACAGAUGUUGGUGGCGUUGAAGCAACGCGUCCUCGUCACUGCGCACACGCACUCCGCGGUCGAUACUGUACUCAGCAGGUUACCGGCGUCGCUCCGAGUGAUGCGGCUGGGGUCGGGGUCCCGCAUCGCGGCCGCGGUACAGGCGCGGAGUGAACACGCACUCGCCGCCUCCUGCGACACUCCCGAUAAACUAGCUGCGCUGUAUGAUUCUAUGGAAGUAGUCGGAGUGACGUGUUUGGGCGCUGCGCACGCGAUGUUAGCACGAACUACGUUUGAUCUCUGCAUAGUUGAUGAAGCUACACAGGUGUUACAGUGUACUGUGUUGCGACCAUUGUUCGCAGCGAAGAAGUUCGUUUUAGUGGGAGACCCUGACCAGUUACCGCCGGUAGUCAGGAGUAGAGCUGCGAGGCGCCUAGGCAUGGAAGAGAGUUUAUUCCACAGACUGAUGUGCGAGGAGGCGACGUCGACGUUACAACUGCAGUACCGCAUGAACCAAGCGUUGGCGGACGUCGCCAACCGCGUGGCGUACGACAACCGACUCCAGUGCGCCGACAGUAACGUCGCUGAAGCCCGUCUGAAGAUAGAUGUACAGAAAAUACAUCAAUUAUCAUCCUCGCCGUGGCUAUCAAUGGCUUGUAGUCCCGAGCCGCAGUACGCAGCGUUGUUCUUGGAUGUGACGUCAAACAAUAUUGGAGAUGCAGCCGAUGGACCGGUCAAGAACUCCUGCGCAAACCCUACAGAAGCUUGCGUGGUCAUAUCAUUGGUGGAAGCUUUGAAACAGGGUAAUAUCAAGCCCUCAGACAUAGGUGUGAUAGCGCCGUACCGAGACCAAGUGUCACUCCUGCGCCGCGCCCUCCAACACCUCGCUGUAGAGGCCAGCACUGUCGACCAGUUCCAGGGAAGAGACAAACCCGUCAUCAUAUACUCGUGUACAAAGCGUUCCGACAAACAUGACGACAAGAAGGUUAAGGAGGGCGAAGUUCUCAACGAUCAGCGCCGUCUAGCCGUAAGUGUGACCAGAGCAAAGCACAAACUAAUAAUAGUUGGCAACUCCAUAGCUUUGCGUCGAUAUGCGCCGCUACAGAAACUCAUACAAACCUGCACCUCUGUCCAACUAGACACUAAUAUUGUAAACAAAUUAUGUAAUCAAUAUAAAAUGUAUGUAUCAUGACAGUGAAAAGAAUUGUAAUGUAAUCAUGCCUUAUUUUUAAAUGAUUAAAUGGUGAAUCUCAAUUUUAAGUUACAUAUCAUGUUUAUUGUUUUAAUUUGUUUUUUGGUAUUAAAUAUUUUAACUUAAUUCAUGAA